CCGCCCAUUUUCUCCCGCUCCUUCUCUUUCCAAAGCUCCACAAACAUGAAGGUCACCACCAUCGCUGCGCUGUAUGUCUUGUGGAAGUUGGAAGAGAGAAAUAAACUCAAACGACGUCGUGGUUGGGUGCAUGAGAUCAUCCGUAGGCGCUCAGAGCUGGGUGAGUUUCACCACCUCCUCCUGGAACUCCGCCUGGAUGACGGCCGGUUCCAGCGGUAUUUUCGCUUGACUGUCGCCAUGUUCGAUGACCUGCUAGCCCGGGUUGGUGCCAGGAUCUCCCGUCAGGACACCAACUACAGGCGCUCCAUAUCAGCGGCGGAGCGCCUGUCCAUCUGUCUACGAUUCCUGGCUAGUGGUGAUUCGUUUCGAACGAUCGCCAACAGCUUUCAGGUCGGGGCCUCCACCGUGGCUUCCGUCAUUUCGGAUGUGGUCACGGCUAUUUGGGACUGCCUGGUCGAGGAGUGCAUGGCUGUGCCCACUGCCGAGGAGUGGAGAGUGGUUGCAGAGCGGUGGAACUUCCCUCUCUGCUGUGGUGCCAUCGAUGGGAAGCAUGUAGUUCUGAAGGCCCCUGCGAACUCCGGCUCGCAGUUCUUCAACUACGAGGGAACGUUUUCCAUCAUUCUCUUGGCAGUUGUAGACGCAGACUACUGCUUCCGGGUCAUCGAUGUGGGGGGCUACGGGAGAACCAGUGAUGGAGGAAUUCUGGCCAACUCUGCGUUUGGUCAGGCCCUCCACGCUGGCAAUCUCAAGCUCCCUGCUUACAGAGCACUGCCGGGGGCUGAGCACAGAGGACCCCUGCCUCAUGUGUUUGUAGCGGCCGAGGCCUUUCCGCUACGGACCAACCUCAUGAGACCAUUCCCCGGACGCGUCCUCCCACCAGAGCGGUGCGUCUUUAACUACCGUCUGUCCCGGGCUCGGUUGGUGGUGGAGGACGCAUUUGGCAUCCUCUCCUCUCAGUGGUGGAUCUACCGGAGGGUCAUCGAGGUCCAUCCUGAGCUGGCAGAGAGAUGCAUCAAGGCCACCUGUGUGCUCCACAAUUUCCUCUGCAGAACAGCACCAACAGCAGCAGUGAGGGAGUGCAUCCCGGGUGGUGCGGUGGAGCCUCUGCCAAUGCUGGGGAGAGUGGCUGCAAACAACGCCGGGAGAGAGGUCAUUCGGAUCCGCGAGUCCUUCACCUCCUACUUCUCUGAAGAAGGAACCGUCUCGUGGCAGGACGACAUCUAGUGCAGUGCACAAGCAACCUUGUGCACUGCACUAGAUGUAAGUAUUUGUGUCCGUGCUUGCUAGAUCUUAAAAUCAUAUAUUGAGACAAGAGUUAAUACUUUUAUCUUAUUGCUUUUCCUAACUGAUGGCAUUUGGUGUACUAUUCAAUUAUUUUAUCUUGUUUUAUUAUUUUAUCUGUUUUUUACAUGUUUUGGAUCUUAUUUUAUUGUAUUGCAUCUUGUAAUAUGUUGUAUCACAUGAUUCUUAUUUUCUUUGAUUAUCUGUUAAUGUUAAGCACUUUCUUACUUUGUUUUGAAAGGUGCUGCAAACAACGCCGGGAGAGAGGCCAUUCGGAUCCGUGAGACCUUCACCUCCUACUUCUCAGAAGAAGGAACCGUCUCGUGGCAGGACGACAUCUAGUGCAGUGCACAAGCAACCCCAAAACGGCUCUUUUAAGAGCCACCCACACAAAACAAAAGCAGCAAUUCCUUCAUUAUUAUUAAAUUGUUAUUAAAAUUGUUAUAUUAAGUAGCAAAA